AUGCUGCUUGUGCCUGACGAUUUGUACUCUUCCCGUCUGUUUUUAGUAUUUACGUCGGUGUCGCGACAUCGAGUUUCAGCUGGGAGUGCAGGAUUGCCAAGAUAUGGAAUAGGACUGGUCGGAAUUGGGACAUUUACAAACUACUAUAACAUACCUUCAAUGUUCGGUUCCUCCCAGAUUGUCGAGAGCUGAAGGAAUCAAA